ACUAAAUUAAAUGCCAAUAAUAAACAUAUACCAUUAAUUGAUGAUUUUAUAAGAAUGCAAAUUAAAACAAGAUAUAAGGUUUAUAAUGAAGUUAAUGCGUACAUGCACUUUAAAAAAUGUAAAUCCGACUUCAAUUGACUGAAUUUGAUUGUAUAUGAUUGAUUUCAUUGUGCUUGUAUUCAAUCUGAUUCAAUUGCAUCACCAUAAAUGAUGACAAAGCAUAGGCUAUGUUUAUGUUUACACUGUUAUCGUCGUUUUUAAUUCUGUCGCAUAUUUGUACCGUUGGCGACGGAGAUUGGGACUCUCUAAAACUACCUGUAACGAUUAUAACUGCCAAAAAUGUUCACGGACAUGUUUUACAUAAUAUAGAAUUUUUUUAUGAGGAUUGUGCACAACCACGACGUCGUCUUCUCGAACAUUCGCACUGGAUAAAGCAAGCGUAUCGCAGCAAUGAUUACAAUGAUGUUGUUCCAAGACGCUAUCGAUCUCAAAAUAAGCUCGACGAUAAUAGAUCCUAUCACUCAUCAAUAAGGAACGAGGAGGACGAGAAUGAAGAUGAGGAAGAAGAGGAAGAGGAGGACGAGGGUGAUGAGGAGAACAAGAUCAAUGAUGAGACCGUCGACGACGAAACUGACGAGCAAGAGGAAAAUGAGGAAGAAACGGUCGCAGCACCCGCUAGGAGUGGCUCCAGGAAUCGUGAAUUGAGAUCUGGCUAUGUGCUACGUGGCAGUAAAGUUAGUGAAUGCGACAGACAGAAAGUAGUAAGGAUUAGAUCGGCUACUGAGGAGUGCGAGGAUGAAUCGACGGAACCGUCGCAAUAUUAUGAAUACGAAACCGAAGUGAAAAAUAUUGCUUCUCAAGAUGGCAACAAAUGUCGAGUAGCGUUUUUUGCAAAGAUAUUUGGUGUGAGUUUUUUAAUUUUGUUUCUCUAAAAGUUUCAAAAUAUGAAGAGUAAUCAAGAAUAUCCAGUAUAUUUUAUAAAUAAAAAAAUUAAGCGAUUAAUUGUGCAAUGUAACACUAUAAUAAUAAAUUUUGUCUAUGAA